AUGGCCGCCGCUGUCGAGAGAUCAUCAAUCGCAACAAUGACGCCUGCCCCAUCCUCGACUCUCAUGAGCUCUCUCUCUCUCUUCUUCGACUUUGUGAAAGACCCAUCACAGGCCCGCGCUGUGCUCGAGACUCGUGGAUUGGCCGACGAACCCACCAAGUCUGGAAGUCUUGUGGCCUACGUCAUCUCACUACACGGCACCGACAAGGCCGCGCUCACUGAUGAUGAGAUCAAGGUUCUCAAGGAAUGGUUUGAGAAUGGCCAGAAGCUUUGA